AUGGCGAAUACUGCCGACGCCCGGAUUGACGGGGUUGACUACUCCAACAUCGACUCGAGUCAAAGAUGGCGGAUGCUCAAGUCGCAGAAGCGAUUCUUCUUUUGGUGCCUCUGGGUAUCCAGCGGGGUCAUCAUGCAAGGCUUCGAUAUAGUCGCAGGAGGCCAACUGGCUGCUCUCCCGGAAUUCCAAAAACAAUUCGGACGUCUGCAGCCGGACGGUUCGCAUAUUAUCCCUGCUCACUAUCUGUCUGCGUGGAAUUCCAUUGCUCCCGCCUGCGAGAUCGCGUCGACUUUUAUCUAUGCACCAUUACUGGAGAAGUAUGGCCGUAAGCCCGGCAUCUUAGUUGCCUCUGCGAUCUCUGUCGCAGGGGUUCUCCUACAGCAGCUGGCGACGGACUGGAGGGUUCAUCUGGCUGGUCGAGGGGUUAACGUGCCGCAGUGUCUAGAGGAAGCAGCUACCUUGAUGGCAAAUGUAGCUCACAUCCCAGCUAUUCUCGCAUCUGGCUGGCUAUUCUUCCCCGAGUCUCCAUACUGGCUGGUUAGACAAGGAAAGACCACGCAAGCCCAAGAUUCCCUCCGGCGAGUCUACGGGUUCAAAGACGACGCCUUCUACAAUGUAGAAGUCCGUCGCAUGGAAACAGAGAAUAAUCAAGCCCUCGCCAUCCGGAGCACUUUCGCGCAGUCCAGCCGCCGCACGUUCCUCGGCCUCGACCUCUCCGCCGAAGCCGAGUGCUUCGACCGCAUGAACCGCAAGCGCACCCUAACCGCCAUCUUCGCCGCCAGCGGCCAGCAAAUGAUAGGCGCGACUUUCGUCAUUGGGUACGCGACCUACUUCCUCGACCUCAUCGGGGUGAAGGACUACUUCGAUGCGUCGAUCGUCCUCUACGUUGUAAUGCUACUAGCCAGUAUGGCCGCCUUCCCACUGACCGAAAUCAUCGGCCGACGGACCAUGAUCGUAAUCCCGCAGUUCGUGCUAUGCUGCAUGCUCCUGCUGAUCGGGAUCUUGGGGUGCGUUCACGAUCAUGGAAAGGCAAGUUGGGGGAUUAUCGUCUUCAUCUAUAUUUGGGCGAUUAUAUACCAGCUGUCUAUUGGUGCCGUUGGGUUUGUGCUGGCGUCGGAAAUUGCCACCGUUCGGUUACGGAGCACGACACAGGGUCUUGUGACGAUCACUAAUGCGGCUUGGGGGCUUAUUAUGCAGUUCACGAUUCCGUAUAUGAUCAACCCUGACGCCGGCAAUCUCGGUGGCAAGGUUGGAUUCAUCUUCCUUGGAACAGGCCUUAUCGCAGCCAUCGGCGGAUGGUAUUUGUAUCCGGAGACUAAGGGCAUAUCGUUUGAAGCCAUGGACGAACUCUACGCGAGCGGAACAGCGCCUCGACACUUUUCCGCAGUGAGCGAGCAGCAGAGAGGCAUCCCUUUGGAGUCCAAGACUGAGCCUCCGGUUCAUAUGGAGGAUGUGAGUGUUUAA